AAUAGUCAUAUCUUCCUUCAUUCCUUCACUCCAUCUUUCUUCAUUCUUCAUUCUCUUGCCCUAUUUCGCAUCUCUCAACAAACUAAACAAAACAAAACCAAAUCAAAUCAAUGGACACCACCACCACCACCACCGAUCCAUCCGCCGCGGCCGCCCCGAGCCGCUACGAGUCCCAAAAGCGGCGCGACUGGAACACCUUCGGCCAGUUCCUGAGGAACCAGCGGCCGCCGGUGGAGCUCCACCGCUGCACCGGCGGCCACGUGCUGGACUUCCUCCGGUACUUGGACCAGUUCGGGAAGACCAAGGUCCACCUCCAGGGCUGCCCCUUCUACGGGCAGCCCGACCCCCCUGCCCCCUGCGCCUGUCCCCUCAGGCAGGCGUGGGGCAGCCUGGACGCCCUGAUCGGGCGGCUGCGCGCCGCCUACGAGGAGCACGGCGGGCCGCCCGAGGUGAACCCCUUCGCCGGCGGCGAGAUUAGGGUUUACCUCAGGGAGGUAAAGGAGUUCCAGGCAAAGGCGAGGGGGGUUUCUUUUAAGAAGAAGAAGAAGACGAGGAAAAUGGAUGAUCAGUCGACUUCCUCUACGACGCCGUUUUCGUGAGAUUUUCGAUCUAUUUUUGGUAACUUUUUUCUCUUUCUUUCUGAUUAUAUAUAUACUACAUACAUAUAUGUGUUUCAUUAUGUUAAUUCAUUUUUGUGAGGGCGCGGUUGUAUACUGAUGAUGUCAUUUUAUUCGGUUUCCGAUCUUUGUGAUGAAUCUUUUGAAAACCCUAAAAUAUGAGCAAUUCACCCACUACUAUUCAUGUGCAAGAAAAGUUGGUUGUUUAUGAAUUCUUGUCUUAGUAUA